AUGAAGCAGCCGCAGCCGAGGGCAGUGGUGGUCGGAGGGAGCAUAGCAGGAGUGUCGUGUGCCCACACGCUUGCCUUGGCUGGCUGGGAUGUCGUAGUCCUUGAGAAGUUGCGCGGGCCUCCAACUGGCAGCUCCACUGGCGUUGGUGUCGGUAUAGACCCUCUCGUGCAGCGGAUAAUUGGAUCGUGGCUCCGGAAACCAGGCAGCCUUCAUAAUAUAAGCUUGCCGCUGACGGUUCAUCAGGUAAAACUUCUCCACACAAUCAGUGAUAGGAAGAUCAGCAAAAUCCUCACAAGAGAUGAACGCUUCAACCACAUUGCAGUCCACUGGGCAGACAUCCACGGCCUUCUCUAUAACUCGACCCCGCAACAGGUUCUCUUCCUCUGGGGCCACCUUUUCCACUCUUUCUCCGUGUCCAACAACAAGAAAUCUGUCAAGGUUAAGGCCAAGGUUCUUCAGAGUGGAGAAACCAUCGAAGUCGAUGGGGAUUUGCUUGUCGCCGCUGAUGGUUGCCUCUCUUCGGGAAGCCAGAGUUUCCUUCCGGACCUCAAACUAAGGUAUUCAGGUUACUGUGCUUGGAGAGGAGUAUUUGAUUAUUCUGGGAUUGAAGAUUCCGAAAACAUGAAAUGGAUCAGAGCAGUGUACCCUGGGCUCGGGAAAUGCUUGUGCUUUGACUUGGCACCAGGAACUCACAAUGCCUUCCCGAACAAACGAAUUAACUGGCUCUGGUAUAUCAAUCAGCCCGAACCCGAGCUGAAGGUAGUCCCUCUUCUAUUCCUGAGAUCUUUCCAUGAAACUCAAUCUACUAAAACUCUUUUGGUUCGGUUUGGCUAGUUGAUCACCGCAAUCUAGUUGUGAUGAAAGGGCACUUCAGUUACGAUGAAAGCAAGAGACGACAU